CGGUAAACCAUUUUAUGUAUCAUUUUAAAUAAGCUUUACAUAUAGUGUUACAGUGUCGGACGCCUCACUAAAUUCGUUGCAAAAAAGUAAAAAUUUUAUUUGCACUGGGCGUGGUCGGCCCGGUUAAUUUUAGGCAGUUUUUAGUGUAGUUUAGUGACAAUAUGGGAUUAAGAGGACUAUUUUUGUGUUUGCUAGUCAUAGCCGUGAGCCACGCUCAAGUCUACAGAGUAUGCGUUCCUGCCAGGGACUCCGUGGCGUGCCAGAGCGUCGAGACGGGCGGCAGCGAAGUCUCCUGCGUGCCAGUCGAAACCAGAUUGGACUGCGCACUCAAGAUAUCUCGUAAUGAGGCGGAUUUUGGAGCCUUCUCUGAAGAAGAAACUCUAUUGCUGUCUCAGAUGCAGCCGCUCACUCAUCAGGUGAUAGCGACUGUCAGGAGUACUGAAAAGACCGCGGUCCCAUACGCGUUCGAGUCAGUAGCCAUAGUGCCUAACAAUCACACUGGUGGUCUUGAGGGGUUGAGGAACGGAAGAUACUGCCAUCCAGGGCUCGACUCCACCGAGGUCCGCUGGUCGCCCAGGGUGCUGAAGGCCUUAGAAGUCUCGGCUGCUCGCACGGACCGCUGUCCCGGCUCGGGCACGGAGCGCAAGACAGCUGAGGAGUUGGAGGUGGAAACCCUCAGUGGGUUCUUCAGCGAGGCCUGCAGACCUGGACCUUGGAGCUACAACAGCACUGUUGAUGCUGAUCUCAAGAGCCGUUACCCGAACCUGUGCUCGUUGUGCGACAACUCAUCCUGUAAUGGCGGCUACAGCACUUCCACUGCUGUCAACGUAGCCGGUGUCUCCAACAACAACCGCCACAUCCAGGCCCUGGCCUGCUUGUUGGGCAGAGGCACUGUUGCUUACGUCGCUUGGCAGCACGUGCAGGAGUUCUUUACCCUCCGCAACCCUCAGAACGUGAACCAGUUCUCAGCUCUGUGCCCCAAUGGCACCACGGUACCUCUGUCUGCUGAGGUGGUAGCGCUCCCCACCUCGCCUUGCUCUGUGGUCAGGCAACCUUGGAAGACAGUAGUCGCUUCUAGCAACACAGCCACAUCGCUACGCAACCGUCUGCCGACCUGGUGGCCGAAUGGAGCUGACCCUGGCGUCGGCUGGACCUCCACCCUGUACCAGACCCUGGUGGGGGGCUCCGGCUUCAGGGUUAUCCAGGAGGAGAUCACCACAGUCUCUAAUUACACCAACAAUGUCCGCCCGAUCGAGAACCUAUCAACAUCCAGCAGUUGCUUAGCAGCUGUUCGCUGGUGUACCGUCUCCGUGGCCGAAAUGGCCAAGUGCGAGUGGCUGGCGGCUUCAGCGUACACCCUGGGCAUCCAGCCCGCCAUCUCCUGUGAACGCAGAGCUGAUACCUUCGCGUGUCUCACCGACAUUAGGGACAGGAGAUCAGACCUGUUCUCUGUGGACUCACAUUACGGAUACAUCGCUAGGAAAAACUACCGCCUCUCCGCCGUAAAACUGGUACAGAAUACCAGAGCGAACGCAUCGCGUAUAGCCGCUUUUGUCAAGGAGGCGUCGGCACAGAGCAACGUCACCCGGUUCGAGAACCUUCGGGAUAAGGUCGCCUGUUUCCCGGAAUAUGGCGGAUUAGCGUACGUGGCGUUCGUGCGCACGGCCCACGAGCGGCAGAUCAUCAGCUCGGCGGAGUGCGACUACGCGCGCGCCGUCGGCGAGUACUUCAGCGGCGCGUGCGCACCCGGCGCCAACAGCGACACGCACGCGCUCACCGAGGAGUCCAACUUCAACUCGACUGUAUUGUGUACGGCGUGUAAGCCUACAGUGUCAGUCAUCGCUAAUAACCAGUUCACGUGCGCGUGGGACUACACCAACUAUUACUUCGGUAACAACGGCUCCCUGGCCUGCCUCGCCGACCCCGCCACAGACGUGGCGUUCUUGGAGACGCAGUAUUUGGCUGCGCAAAUGGCGGCGCUCAACUUGAAUCCGGCGAAUUAUCGAGCGCUCUGCCGCAACAACACCCUCGCUAACAGCACGGGGGUCAACAUCGACGAUGGCUGCCUGAUGGCGCAUGUAGUGGACGCUGAGGUCUUGGCGAGAAGAGACGACCCAGCCAACAACGCUCUGAACACGCUAUUCGACUCGCUCGACCGCUUCUUCGGCUACAACGUCGCCGCUUCCCAGCAGCUCAUCAACCUGCACAUGUACUCGCCUUUCGACGGCUCCAGCGACUUACUCUUCAAGGACACUACCAUAGGUCUAGAAGAAUACAGCUCUGAAGCCAGGAACGAGCAAGCGAGGAACUAUGUAGAGCUGUUUAGACAUCUCGAGGCUUGUACCGGCGCGGCCUCGCCUGGGCCCGUGCCCGAUGUUGCCACGAGAACUGUGUUAUCUGUGCUUACUUUGACAGCUGUCACUGUGUUCGCCCGCCUUUUUUAAAUUGAGCGGAAUAUUUAUAUUUUUUUAAUGCAAAGCACUGUCGUCGAGAACGGUGUUUGUCUAUGCUCACUUUGGCGCUGUCUUUUUAAUUUUGCAACGAAAAUUGAGAAAGUUUCUGUGUCUGUCACUUUUAUUAAUAGGUGUAAAAGUGAAUUUAAUACAGAUUAAUUUAAUUCACGCAUGGCGCAAUUUAGUUUUAAGAUGAAUUUACAAUUAAUAGUGUAACUUUUUUGCAACACUUGAAUAACGUGACUCACUACAUAUCUCCGUUGAGCAUAGUAGAAGAAAUGAAUAAAUCCAGUAGCUUAUACAUACCUACUGAAGGCUUUUAUUUUUUAUAAUUUUUUGAAAAUUAAACCAAUACAAACCAUAAA